GUGUCAAUCCCGAUGACACGUACAAUGAAACGCCCUACGAGAAGGGGUACUGCUUCGUGAGCUACUUGGCCCAUCUCGUGGGGGACCAGAGCAAGUUCGAUGCCUUUCUCCAGGCCUACGUGAACCGGUUCAAGUUCCAGAGCAUCACAGCAGAUGAUGCCCUUGGUUUCUUCCUGGAGUAUUUCCCGGAGCUGAAGGAGAAAGGCGUGGACUCCAUCCCAGGCUUCGAGUUCGACCGCUGGCUGAACACGCCGGGCUGGCCGCCCUUCCUGCCCGACCUCUUGCCGGGGGAGCAGCUGAUGAAGCCAGCAGAUGAGCUGGCAGAGGUCCGGGCAAAAUCCCCCCUGCCAGAAGGCAAUGUGGAGAGGCUGAGCAAGAUGUACCCAAAGAUCUCCAAGGCCCAGAAUGCUGAGCUGCGACUCCGCUGGUGCCAGAUCGUCCUCAAGAACAACCUCGAGGCCGAGUACAGCAAGGUCAAGGACUUCCUCCACAGCCAGGGGAAGCAGAAGUACACGCUGCCCCUCUAUCGUGCCAUGUGGGGCGGCUCGGAGGCAGCCCGGGCUCUGGCCAUGGAGACCUUCUCAGCUACAGCCCCCCAGCUCCACGUCAACGUCCAGAACUACGUCAAGAAGAUCCUGGGCUUGGAGGUGGUGGAGGACUAG